CUUGAGUCACAGUCACUACUAAACUCUGUGCUCAGUCAGCUUCACAAUCCCCACCAGCAACAGGAGCAGGACAACACAGACUGGAUUCUGAGAUGGCUGACAAACAUUACAUUGACCCCUCUGCUGAACUUGCUGACAAAGAGAAUCAGGAGUGGGGUUAUGAAGAAGGUGUCGAGUGGGGUUUGCUUUAUCCGGAAGCAAAUGGAGAUUACCAAUCGCCUAUCAAUAUUAAUUCAAGAGAAGCCGCGUAUGAUCCCACAUUGCUAGCAAUCAAGCUAUCACCAAACUAUGUUGUCUGCCGUGACUGCGAAGUUCUUAACGAUGGCCACGUAAUUGCCAUAAUUCUGAAGUCAAAAUCAGUUUUAACAGGUGGCCCUUUACCUCGAGGACAUGAGUAUGAACUUAAUGAAGUAAGAUUUCACUGGGGCAGAGAAAACCAGCGUGGUUCUGAACACACAGUAAACUUCAAAGCUUUCCCUAUGGAGCUCCACCUUAUCCAUUGGAACUCUACUUUGUACAGAAAUAUGGAUGAAGCCAUGGGACGUAUACAUGGGAUUGUAAUAAUUUCCUUGUUUGUGCAGAUCGGAAAAGAAAAUGGAGGACUAAAAGCCAUCACAGAAAUUCUUCAGGACAUCCAGUAUAAAGGAAAGUCUAAAACCAUUCCGUGCUUUAAUCCUAACUCAUUAUUACCAGAUCCUUUACUUCGUGACUACUGGGUGUACACCGGCUCUCUUACAAUGCCACCGUGUAGUGAAGGUGUCACUUGGAUCUUGUUUAGAUAUCCUUUGACCAUUUCUCAAACACAGAUUGAAGAAUUCAGGCGUCUGAGAAUGCAUGUCAAGGGAGCUGAUCUAGAGGAUGGCUUGGAUGGGAUACUUGCAGAUAACUUUAGAGCCACCCAGCCUCUGAAUGAUCGAACCAUAAGAGCGGCGUUCCAAUAAUGCGGAGAAAAACACUUUUCAUUCAAAGCGAGAAGACAAUAGGUCUACAGUGAACUCAGAUGAGGAAUGGAAACUUUUGAGAUCUCUGCUUUAGUUAAAGCACAAAGUGGGUAUUGUCUACGUUCAUCAAAUUCAGCUCUGAUUGACAGCUGUGGCAGCUGCCCUGUCCAUCGAGUGCAGCACGAAUCCUGGGACUAGUCUUGAGCACAAUAAAGGAGGAAGCGCAUUUGAAUUCCCCAAUUCUUUAACAUUUCCUUUUCAUCCGUUACAUAGUCUAUGUAAUAUAGUUUUUUUUUCCUUGUGAAAUAAAAGCGACAAUGAGAGACAUAACAGAACAAGUUAUCCUUAUUAGAGUUUAUAUUCAUGCACCUGAAAGUGAACACUAUUACAGAGUGAGUGCUACACAUUUUUUUUCAAUACCAGAUCAGCAAUUUCUGAAGAUAUAGUUAUGUGAUUCACCAUUGUAACAGACUGUGUUUUUUUUUUUUUUUUUUUUUUAAAGGGUUACUUUCAGCACCAUAACCACUUUAGCCUUUUGAAGUGGUUAUUGUGUAAGGGCCCAGCCUCUGCAGAUUUUCAAGAACUAUUUAGCUCUUAUUUAUUGAUAGGCCACCUCUGGCUCCGGCAGCUAUCUGAAAAAUCUGUUUUCAGAUAGGUAUGUCAAUUUUAUUCAACCUUAGUGCAUGAUUAACACAAGACAUAGCAUGACUGCCAAUAGUCCAGAGAACAGUUUGAUUCAUCCUAAGAAAUGAAUGGAACAGCUCCUGGAGGAUAAACUACUUACUCCCAAAAGAACUGCUGUAGAGGCCCUAAACAGUGCACGGAGGGAAAGCUUAGGAAAAAAAACUAUUGUCAUUUUUUUACAUUUUCUGAAUUUUUUAAAUAAUGCAUAGCUUCUUGUUAACCCCUUAAGGACCAAACUUCUGGAAUAAAAGGGGAUUAUGACAUGUCACACGUCAUGUGUCCUUAAGGGGUUAAGUGCAGAUCAUGCUUCAUAAUCUCAGAUUAUGCACUUAAUUCUAGGCACUUAAUUAUAACCAUAACAGCUAGACCUACAGAAAGAGUUGUGACUAUAUCAAUACACAAAGGUCCGUACAUGUAAGAAUUCCGGUGUUCAGAGAUAUUCGUGGCAUGACCUGCAUCCGUUCACGUAUAGGUUUGUGCUCCCAGAUACAUGCCUAAUUCAUUGUCAGCCUGCCUAUUGCGUAUAUAACACGACUGCUCCUUACCUUCAUCAAUGUGUAUACAUUUGCCUGAAUUACAAAAACCAAAUCAAACAAGUAAAUUUCCCUUUUCCCCUGUUUUUGUCACCCUCCAGUAUAGAUAUUUCUCCACAAAAGCUCUAGUCAGAAACAAUGUAUCAUGUAUAUAGAGUACAAAUAAUGUCAAUUCCUUCUCCAUCCCCAACACUACAAGAUACUAAAUACCUGAAAAUAUUCAAUGCUGACAAAUCUAAGACAGACAUGAUGAGUUAGAAAUGGCGAUGCGCAUGCAUUAGGGUAUAUCUACAAUGGAUAAAUAAAUUAACCCUUCUCUCCUAAUAGAUCAUAGAACUGACCUUACU